AUGUCAGACAAUAGGAAAAAUAAGACAAAGGCAUCUAAUGCUAUAUCAGGAUCUCUAAAAGAUGCGGAGAAAAGACGUAGACAAGUUUUUAAACCAAUACUUGAUAACCCAUAUACGCAGACAAAGUUAUGGCCUUUUAUUUCACCAGAGCUUUCAAAUACCAUACUAGAACACCUCAGUCAGAUUCUAUCCAAUUUAGGAUAUUAUAAUGGGUUGCUUGCCGAAGCAAAAAACAACAGUAGCUCCAAAAUUAAAACCACUGAUAUUCCAGAAAUUCGUAAGGAAAUAACGAUUGGAUUCAACUCCACUAUUAAAGCAUUAGAAACUCAGGCAUCAAAACACAGAUCUAGAUUGGUCAAAAAAUCUAAAACACAUAAAAAGCAACGUACAUCUGAUUCUGCCCCAUAUAUUAAGUAUGUACUCGUGGCUAAGUACGACAUCAUACCAUCUUUAUUGACAAAUCCAUUCCCGGUACUUGCAUAUACAUCUUCUACAUCGGCGAGUGAUAAGGUAAAGCUAAUACAGCUACCUCGAGGAAGUAUGUCUAGACUUUCAUCCAUAUUGAGAAUUGAGAAUACAAGCAUUUUAGGACUUUCAGACAAUAUUGAACAAGCACAAGCAUUAUAUAAUAUAAUAGAAUCAGAGGUCAAAGAUGUUGAAGUUCCAUGGUUAAGCUAUCUUUUGUCUGAAAAUGACCAGAAAGCCGACCAGCAAGUACAGGGUGUUUUCAGAAAACCGGCCGUAAAGUUCUUAAAUACGUCUGCGCCAAUAAUGGCCAGGAAGAAUGAUCAAAAGGCUAAAAAUAAGGAGAGAAAAGAUGCUGCCGAAGCAAAAGACAAUAUUAAUGAGAGCAAGACAAUGUAA